CGCGCCGGAGUGGCCGCCGUUCCCGAAGCUGCUACCGCCUCUUAGUGUGGAUUCUCGCUUGGCUCGACGAGGGCAGCGCAGCCUCUUUCUUUGUCCCGUUUGCUUGCGCGUCGUACCCUAGGGCGUCGGCUUUCGCGCAGCCAGAAGCAUGGGCCGGGAGUCACGCCACUAUCGGAAACGAUCAGCAUCACGAGGACGCUCUGGAAGUCGAUCUAGAAGUCGCUCACCCUCAGACAAAAGAAGUAAGCGUGGAGAUGACAGACGGUCUAGAAGUAGAGAUAGAGAUAGAAGAAGAGAGAGAUCUCGUAGCAGGGAUAAAAGAAGAUCUCGGUCAAGGGACAGGAAACGUUUGAGACGUUCCAGAAGUAGAGAAAGAGACAGAAGCCGAGAGCGAAGACGAUCUCGAAGUAGAGACAGGAGACGCUCAAGGAGUAGAAGCCGGGGCCGCCGAUCCCGAUCCUCCAGUCCUGGCAACAGAAGCAAGAAAGCUGAAAACAGAUCUAGGUCCAAAGAGAAAACAGAUGGUGGGGAAAGUUCUAAAGAGAAGAAAAAAGACAAAGAUGACAAGGAAGAUGAAAAAGAAAAAGAUGCUGGCAACUUUGACCAGAAUAAGCUGGAAGAAGAAAUGAGAAAGCGAAAAGAACGAGUAGAGAAGUGGCGUGAGGAGCAACGUAAAAAGGCCAUGGAAAACAUAGGAGAACUGAAAAAGGAAAUUGAAGAGAUGAAACAAGGGAAAAAAUGGAGUUUAGAGGAUGAUGAUGAUGAUGAAGAUGAUCCUGCAGAAGCUGAGAAGGAAGGAAGUGAAAUGGAGGGUGAGGAGUUAGAUCCAUUAGAUGCUUACAUGGAAGAAGUGAAAGAGGAAGUAAAAAAGUUUAACAUGAGAAGUGUGAAAGGUGGUGGUGGAAAUGAAAAGUACUCUUCAGAGGAAGAAGAAGUUGAUCUUCAGACGGCCCUUACAGGUUAUCAGACCAAACAAAGAAAGCUGCUAGAACCAGUUGAUCACGGAAAAAUUGAAUAUGAACCAUUCAGAAAAAAUUUUUAUGUUGAAGUUCCAGAACUAGCAAAAAUGUCUCAAGAGGAGGUGAAUGUAUUUCGACUGGAAAUGGAAGGCAUUACAGUUAAAGGAAAAGGUUGUCCCAAACCAAUUAAAUCUUGGGUCCAGUGUGGAAUUUCCAUGAAGAUCUUAAAUUCCCUAAAAAAGCAUGGCUAUGAAAAGCCUACACCAAUCCAAACUCAAGCAAUUCCUGCUAUAAUGUCUGGACGAGAUUUGAUUGGUAUUGCUAAGACUGGAAGUGGAAAGACCAUUGCUUUUCUGUUGCCUAUGUUUAGGCACAUCAUGGAUCAGCGGUCAUUGGAAGAAGGAGAGGGGCCAAUAGCUGUCAUCAUGACUCCAACUCGAGAACUGGCUUUACAAAUUACUAAAGAGUGUAAGAAGUUUUCAAAGACCUUGGGACUUAGAGUGGUCUGUGUUUAUGGAGGAACAGGAAUCAGUGAGCAGAUUGCUGAGCUGAAAAGAGGCGCUGAAAUUAUUGUUUGCACACCUGGUCGAAUGAUUGACAUGUUAGCAGCUAACAGUGGCCGGGUCACAAAUCUUCGAAGAGUAACAUAUGUAGUUUUAGAUGAAGCAGACAGAAUGUUUGACAUGGGUUUUGAACCACAGGGUUAUGCCUAUACUUUUAUCACAGAAGAUCAAGCUCGCUAUGCUGGUGACAUAAUUAAAGCUCUUGAGUUUGGGUUCUCUGGUAAGGGAUUCAAGUUUGAUGAAACAGAACAAGCUUUGGCUAAUGAGAGGAAGAAGUUACAAAAAGCGGCUCUUGGUCUGCAAGAUUCAGAUGAUGAAGAUGCUGCAGUUGAUAUUGAUGAACAAAUUGAGAGCAUGUUUAAUUCAAAGAAGAGAGUAAAGGAUAUGGCUGCUCCUGGAACAUCAAGUGUCCCUGCUCCAACUGCAGGAAAUGCUGAGAAAUUAGAAAUUGCUAAGAGAUUGGCUCUUAGAAUCAAUGCUCAGAAGAAUUUAGGCAUCGAGUCUCAGGUAGAUGUAAUGCAACAGGCCACCAAUGCAAUUCUCAGAGGUGGCACCAUUCUGGCUCCCACCGUGUCUGCGAAGACCAUUGCAGAACAACUUGCUGAGAAGAUCAAUGCCAAGCUCAAUUAUGUGCCUUUAGAGAAACAAGAAGAAGAGAGGCAGGAUGGUGGGCAGAAUGAAUCAUUUAAGAGAUACGAGGAAGAAUUAGAGAUCAAUGAUUUCCCACAGACUGCUAGGUGGAAAGUUACUUCUAAGGAAGCUCUGCAGAGAAUCAGUGAAUACUCUGAAGCGGCAAUUACAAUCAGAGGAACAUACUUCCCUCCUGGCAAAGAACCUAAGGAAGGAGAGCGGAAAAUUUAUUUGGCAAUUGAAAGUGCCAAUGAACUGGCUGUGCAGAAAGCAAAGGCAGAAAUCACCAGGCUCAUAAAAGAAGAACUGAUCCGGUUGCAAAAUUCAUACCAACCAACAAAUAAAGGAAGAUACAAAGUCUUAUAAAUAUCUGGAAAAAACUUUUCACCUGUGCUGGUCUGUGAUACAUGUGGCGUUUGUGUGCAAUUUACAAUGCAUUGUAAAUUAAGAUUUUUAAAAUUCCACCUUGCUGAUUUUUUAAAUAUAAAAAGCAAAUAUUUGCUAAAGAAGUCUUCUGUCAGUAAGUACCCCUACAAUUAAUCAAAUUAUAUUUGAAGCAGGCCUGUUUUCAGAGUAUGAUGUCCUUUAAUGUACAACUUAAAUAUCAGUAUUUUAAAUAUCUGGAUAAUCUAGAGGUUUAAAAUGGAAAUAUUUGGACUUUGUAUUAAAGGUAAUAAAGUACACAAGUUGCUAAGGGGUUCUUUAUCCUAUACUUUCAA